AGGUGGGGAGGUGCGAGGCUGGGCGUGGGAAGGCGGGGCGCGCGCGGGGGAGACCCCUCCCUCCCGUCCUUCUGGUGGUGGACCGGUCCGCCGACCCAGAUCUGCUGCCGACCCAGAUCUGCCGCCAAGCCCGGAUCGAAGGCGACAGCGCGGCCAAGGGGGCGCGGCUGGGACAAGCUGGGAGGCCGGGGGCCCGGGGCGAGAAGCGGUGACCCUGUGUAGGGGGAGACAGGAGACUAGAUCCGCGGGCGGAGCAGAGGGAUCGGGGAGCGCUGACCCUGAGCGGACGUGAAGGACCAGGGCUGGGAGCAGGGAACUGAUCAGUACCGCAGGCGCAACGACGCGGAGGGCCCGAGUGUCCCGGGCUGCACCCGGAGCAGGUGGAACGGGUCCUCCCUCCCACCUCCGCUCUCUCACCCGCUUUCGCCCGGCCCCGGUCUCCCGCUCGCAGCCAUGGGCCCCGGCCUGCGCCGCGCACCCGGUGCCCCGAGCCCAGUGCUCUGCGCCCUCGCCUUGAUGGUGGCCGCCGGCGGCCGCGUCGCCUCCGCCUUCAACCUGGACACCCGAUUCCUGGUGGUAAAGGAGGCCAGGAACCCGGGCAGCCUCUUCGGUUACUCGGUCGCCCUCCAUCGGCAGACUGAGCGGCAGCAGCGCUACCUGCUCCUGGCUGGUGCCCCCCGGGACCUUGCUGUGCCUGAUGGCUACACCAACCGGACCGGUGCUGUGUACCUGUGCCCACUCACUACCCAAAAGGAUGACUGUGAGAGGAUGUCCAUCGAGGAGAAAAGUGACCCUGACCAUCACAUCAUUGAAGACAUGUGGCUCGGGGUGACUGUGGCCAGCCAGGGCCCUGCGGGCAGAGUCCUGGUCUGCGCCCACCGCUAUACCCAGGUGCUGUGGUCGGGGUCGGAGGACCAGCGGCGCAUGGUGGGCAAGUGUUACGUGCGGGGCAAUGACUUAGAGCUGGACCGCGGUGAUGACUGGCAGACCUACCACAACGAGAUGUGCAACAGUAACACCGGCUACCUGGAGACGGGCAUGUGCCAGCUGGGCACCAGUGGCGGCUUCACCCAGAGCACCGUGUAUUUCGGGGCCCCUGGUGCCUACAACUGGAAAGGAAACAGCUACAUGAUUCAGCGGAAGGACUGGGAUUUAUCAGAAUACAGUUACAAGGACCCAGAAGACCAAGGAAACCUCUACAUUGGGUACACAAUGCAGGUGGGCAGCGCUAUCCUGCACCCAACGGACAUCACCAUUGUGACUGGUGCCCCACGGCACCAACAUGUGGGCGCUGUUUUCUUGCUGAGCCAGGAGGCAGGCGGAGACCUGCGGAGGAGGCAGGUGCUGGAGGGCACGCAGGUGGGCGCCUACUUUGGCAGCGCCAUUGCCCUGGCAGACCUGAACAAUGAUGGGUGGCAGGACCUCCUAGUGGGUGCCCCCUACUACUUUGACCGUAAAGAAGAGGUAGGGGGUGCCAUCUACGUCUUCAUGAACCAGGCGGGCAACUCCUUCCCUGCCCAACCCUCCCUCCUUCUUCACGGCCCCAGUCGCUCAGCUUUUGGCUUCUCCAUGGCCAGCAUUGGUGACAUAAACCAAGAUGGGUUCCAGGACAUUGCUGUGGGAGCCCCGUUCGAGGGCUUGGGCAAAGUGUACAUCUACCACAGCAGCUCCAGGGGGCUCCUCAGAGAGCCCCAGCAGGUAUGGAUGGUUCUGGCAUGCUGCCCCCAACCACUGGUUGGGCCUGCCUUCCUUCCCCUGUUGCCCCCAUACCCUAUUGGGCCUCCCUCCUCAGGCCCCACCCCAGAGCCAUCCUACACUGCUAUCCCCUGCUGCCAGGUAAUCCACGGAGAACAGCUGGGGCUUCCUGGCUUGGCCACCUUCGGCUACUCCCUGAGUGGGCAGAUGGACGUGGAUGAGAACUUCUACCCAGACCUGCUAGUGGGCAGCCUGUCUGACCAGAUCGUGCUGCUGCGAGCCCGGCCUGUCAUCAACAUCCUCCAUAAGACCUUGGUGGCCAGGCCAUCUGUACUGGACCCCGCACUCUGCACAGCCACCUCCUGUGUGCAGGUGGAGCUGUGCUUUGCUUACAACCAGAGCGCUGGGAACCCCAGCUACAGGCAAAACAUCACCCUGGCCUACACUCUGGAGGCUGACCGGGACCGCCGCCCACCCCGGCUCCGCUUUGCUCGAAGCCAGUCAGCCGUCUUCAAUGGCUUCUUCUCCAUGCCCGAGAUGCGCUGCCAGACACUGGAGUUGCUUCUGAUGGACAACGUCCGUGACAAACUCCGUCCCAUCCUCAUCUCCAUGAACUACUCUUUACACUUGCGGAUGCCCGAGCGUCCCCGGGUGGGGAUGCGGUCCCUGGACGCCUACCCCGUCCUCAACCAGGCGCAGGCGCUGGAGAACCACACUGAGGUCCACUUCCAGAAGGAGUGCGGGCCAGACAACAAGUGCGAGAGCAACUUGGGGAUGCAGGCGGACUUCGUGACAGAGCAGAUGCAGCGGCUGAGAAGGCUCCAGUACGGCAGAGACACCCGGAAGCUGCUCCUGAGCAUCAAUGUGACCAACUUCCCCAGCCAGAUUCGGGCUGGGGAAGAUGCCCACGAGGCGCUGCUCACCGUGGAGGUGCCUCCCGCCUUGCUGUUGUCCUCAGUGAGGCCCCCCGGGGCCUGCCAGGCCAAUGAAAGCAUCCUCUGUGAGCUGGGGAACCCCUUCAAAAGGAACCAGAGGAUGGAGCUGCUCAUUGCCUUCGAGGUCAUCGGGGUGACCCUGCACACAAGGGAACUUCAGGCACAGCUGCAGCUGUCCACGUCUAGUCACCAGGAUGACUUGCAGGCAAUAACCCUGCCUCUGCUGGUGGACUACAUGCUCCAGGCCUCACUCAGCAUGGUGAGUCACCGGCUACAAAGCUUCUUUGGGGGGACAGUGAUGGGUGAGGCUGGCAUGAAAACUGUGGAGGAUGUGGGAAGUCCACUCAAGUAUGAGUUCCAGGUGGGCCCAAUGGGGGAGGGGCUGGCAGCCCUGGGGACCUUGGUCCUGGGACUGGAGUGGCCUUAUGAAGUCGCCAAUGGCAAGUGGCUACUGUACCCCACGGAGAUCACUGUCCAUGGCAACGGAUCCUGGCCCUGCCAGCCACCAGGAGGCCUUGUCAACCCUCUCAACCUCACUUUUUCUGUCCCAGGGGAUGGGCCGCCAUCUCCACAGCGCAGGCGACGACGGCAGCUGGACCCUGGGAGAGGCCAGGGCCCCCCGCCUGUCAUUCUGGCUGCUGCCAAAAAAGCCAAGUCUGAGACCCUACUGACCUGUGCCAAUGGUCGCGCCCACUGUGUGUGGCUAGAGUGCCCCAUUCCUGAUGCUCCAGUCAUCACCAACGUGACCGUGCAGGCCCGGGUGUGGAACAGCACCUUCAUCGAGGAUUACAAAGACUUUGACCGAGUCAGGGUAAAUGGCUGGGCCACCCUGUUCCUCCGAACCAGUGUCCCGACCAUCAACAUGGAGAAUAAGACCAUAUGGUUCUCUGUGGACAUUGACUCUGACCUGGUGGAGGAGUUGCCGGCAGAGAUCGAGCUGUGGCUGGUGCUCGUGGCUGUGGGUGCGGGGCUGCUGCUUCUGGGACUGAUCAUCCUCUUGCUGUGGAAGUGCGGCUUCUUCAAGCGAGCCCGCACUCGCGCCCUGUAUGAAGCUAAGAGGCAGAAGGCGGAGAUGAAGAGCCAGCCGUCAGAGACGGAGAGGCUGACCGACGACUACUGAGGGGGGCAGCCCCCCGCCCCUGGCCCACCCGGUGUGACUUCUUUCAGCGGACCCGCUAUUAUCAGAUCAUGCCCAAGUACCACGCAGUACGGAUCCCUGAGGAGGAGCGCUACCCACCUCCAGGGAACACCGUGCCCACCAAGA